AUGCCUCCCCGUCGCCGCACGGCUGCCUCCACCGGCCAGUCUACUCUCUCCUUCGGUACAAAGUCCCGGGUGACCAAACCAUCAACUGCUCCUCAACUGGGGAAGAAUCUCGACAAGUCAGCAAGUGAAACUCCAGAGCCCCAGGAUGUGACAGCCUCCCAGCCUCCAAUCCCCCAUGUCGCCGAGUUUGUCGUUCGCCAGCAGACCAAGCCAUCAACCCAAGAACCUCUCUCCGAAGAGGAUAAGCGGGCCUUGAAGAUGAGCAAGCAGGACCUGAACCGUUACUGGAAGAAGGAAGAACAAGGCCGCUUGGCCCCCCAGGUCCACCAGAGGGAUCUAGCCAUGGAGGAGAAGAUUCUCCGCCACUUUGAUCUAUCGAAUCAAUAUGGGCCUUGUAUCGGUAUUGCUCGACUGAAGCGCUGGCGCCGUGCUAACAAGCUCAAGCUCAACCCACCUCUCGAAGUUCUCGCGGUUCUUUUGAAAAAUGAGGAUAUCGAGGAACGGGCCCAUAUGGAUGCGUUACUUUCAUAA